GCUACCUCUCUCUUUCCUUUGAUUCACAUUUUUUCAGGCUUCAUUUCCAUUUCUGAGAUCUGUUUGUUAUGAAUCGGAGGCCUUAUUUCAUUCAUUCUUAGUUUUUGAUUCCAAACUCAGGGGAGAAACGGCUCUAAUUCUCUCAACGGAGCAUCUGAUUCCGAACUCAGUGAGUCACAACGGAAACUUGUGAGCGAAGUAGAAACUAGGGAACCCCAUUUUUGCGGAGCGUAAGUGCCAGGACUCCGGUGAGACCUUUCCUGCUUCGUGCAUACAAUGAGCGGACGACGGAGACGACGAUGAGACCUCCAAAGCUGCCGGGUAGCAACAAUAGAAGCAGUUGCAGGCCAACUCUUCUUCAUCUCCUCUUUGCAGCGGCCGUUUUCUCCAUCAUCGUCUUCACCAUUCAGUCCUCCUUCACUGGUUACCGCGGAUUGAAGAGCCCCAACCGAGAGGAAAUCCUGAUCUUAUCUGAUUUCCAGUCCAAUCUUCAGCAAUGCGUGGCAAAUCGAGGGCUCGGGCUUACAGCUCAUAUUGUUGAUCAUUGUAAUAUUAUUCUCAAAUUCCCUGAAGGAACUAACAGCACAUGGUACAAUGAGCAAUUCAAGAUUUUUGAACCCCUGGAGUACAAGUAUAAUGUUUGCGAGGCUAUCCUGCUAUGGGAACAGUAUCGGAACAUGACCACUGUUUUGACAAGAGAAUAUCUGGACGCAAGACCUGAUGGAUGGUUGGACUAUGCAGCAAAAAGGAUAGCACAGUUAGGGGCAGACAAGUGCUACAACCGGACUCUUUGUGAGGAGCAUCUCAAUAUACUUCUACCUGCACAGCCACCUUUUCACCCUCGACAGUUUGGGACAUGUGCUGUUGUUGGGAAUUCAGGUGACCUCUUGAAGACAGAGUUUGGACCAGAAAUUGAUAGUCAUGAUGCAGUAAUAAGAGACAAUGAGGCUCCUGUUAAUGAGAAAUAUGCCAAGUAUGUUGGUCUGAAGCGGGAUUUUCGUUUGGUUGUGAGAGGUGCUGCUCGUAACAUGAUUGCAAUUCUUAAUGGUUCAGAUGAUGAGGUGCUUAUAAUUAAAAGUGUUACCCACAGAGACUUCAAUGCAAUGAUAAAGCGCAUACCAAAUCCAGUUUACCUUUUUCAAGGGAUUGUCUUACGCAGAGGUGCUAAAGGAACUGGAAUGAAAUCAAUAGAACUAGCACUUUCCAUGUGUGACAUUGUUGACAUGUAUGGUUUCACAGUUGAUCCCGGGUAUACAGAAUGGACUCGUUACUUUUCUACACCUAGGAAAGGGCACAAUCCACUCCAAGGGAGGGCAUACUACCAACUGUUGGAGUGUCUUGGCGUCAUACGGAUCCAUUCUCCCAUGAGAUCACAAAGGAAGCAAGACUGGUCAGAUGUUCCCAGUCGGGAAAUGAUAAACCGGGCUCAUCAAGCCGCUCUGCGGUUGAAAAGAAGUGAAGAUGAUAUAGUGGCCGCCCAGUCGGGACAAUUUGUGAACUGUAAGGUGUGGGGCAAUGCAGGUCCUUAUGGGAGCGGGCCAAUUUCGGGAUCUUCAGAUAUGACAGAUGUGAGGAAGAGUUCAAAGUAUAGUAAAUGGGAGGUUUUGCCCUUCAAGAGUCUGAGAGAAGAGGCAAGGAGACACUUUGUUCAAAUGGAUGGCGUGUCCAUGUACAAAAUGGAUGGCAAUAAGUUGGAUGAUCUGGUCUGUGUUAAGCAUACACAAAUACCAGAUUGACAAAAAGUUAAUAGUCUACAAUGUUUGACUGAACUGAAAUUGUGUUUGUUCUUCUAUGAAUCUCUAUAGCUGUACUGCGAUUAGUUAGGAGGUGUUCGUUCUGUAGUAUUGAGAGGGCUAGCAACUUUAAUUUGGAGUUGUUCAAUUUUCCUUCAUAAGAUCUUGUUUUCUUUCGUUCACAAGUCUUGGCUUGGAAACAACGAUCAUGAAUAAGGUUAUCUCUUUGAA